AUCAUCGCAAUUGAUUGCGAAUGGCACGUCUACGAGCCCCGAGAGCUUACUGAAAUCGGAAUCGCCAUGCUUGAUACACGAGAUAUCCAAGGCGUAGACCCGGGCAAACACGGAGAGAACUGGCUCAACAAAAUCUGGUUCUAUCAUCUCCGCAUUCGAGAGCACGGGCACUUGAUCAACAGAUGGCAUUGCAUAGGAAGUCCCUUUGACUUCCACUGGGGCACCACAAAGUGGGUGACCAAGCCAGAAGCAAGGGCUGCGCUAAUUGAGUGCUUCUCUGAGCGUCUGGAUCCUUAUGCGCGAGACUCGGAGCCCUGUCCUGCGGUCUUCGUCGGCCAUGAUGUUCGCGGAGACCUAGAAAGCCUCAACCAACAUCUAGGCUUCAACGCUGACUCUAUCGGCUCAGUUGUGACGACACUCGAUACACAGACCAUGGCGAAUGCAUGCGGAAUCCGCAGCGGCGUAGGUCCAACGAUCAACCUCGGGCUUCUUUGCAACAAGCUGGGCAUUACUGAGACGCCGCAUUUACAUAAUGCGGGCAAUGAUGCGGCAUAUACGCUCAUAUAUGCCGUAUUGAUGGUGUUGCCGCAAGAAGAACUUAACUCAGCCGAGGGUAAGUCAAUGCAGGAUAUGAUGAACUCACUCAUGAAGACCGCUAUGUUGUACCAACCACCCGCAUGGGGAAUCAAGAAAUUCUGCACCCGAUGCAAUCGUAUUGGCAAUCAACAACCCGAAUGCCUUGCGCCCGUAGAAUGCUCCAAAUGCAAAGUUAAAGGGCGGCGCGGUUUCCGGAGUCAUGCGACUGCCAGAUGC